AUGGGGUUUGAUGUUUUGGAGCAAUUAAAUGGAUACUCAAAUAUGGAGUUUGGAAAAGCUUCUAAGGGAAAACGCAAGAGAGGUGAAAGAUAUAUUGUGCAUCAAUGGAAAAAACGUAGUGUCUUUUUCCAAUUACCUUAUUGGAGACAUCUCUUGGUUCGACACAACUUGGAUGUGAUGCAUGUGGAAAAGAAUGUGUGUGAAAGUAUAUUAGGCACAAUGCUUGAUUUACCGGGAAAGAAUAAGGACUCUUUAAAUGCCCGACUAGACUUAAUAGACAUGAAAAUGCAUGAUAAGCUACGUCCAAAGUCACUUGGGAAUGAUAAAUGGCAAGUCCCACCAGCACCUUACAACUUGACUUUGAGUGAAAGGAGAAAAAUAGUCACAUUUCUAUCCAAAUUAGCUUUUCCAGAUGCUUAUUCAUCAAAUAUUUCAAGGUGUGUCUCCUUGCACGAUGGGAAGGUAAUGGGAAUGAAAACUCAUGAUUUUCACGUUUUCAUGCAAGACUUACUAACACCUGCCUUCCAAGGUGUUUUAGAUGAAAAUGUUCUAACGCCUUUACAAGAGCUCAGUCUUUUUUUCAAGCAACUGUGUUCUAAAACCUUAAAGGUAGCAGAACUAGAGAAGAUGGAAAUGAAUAUAGCAAUCACCUUAUGUAAGCUGGAGCGCGUAUUCAUUCCUGCCUUCUUUGAUGUAAUGAUACAUCUCCCGAUUCACUUGGCUACUGAGGCUAGAAUGGCAGGGCAUGCGAACGUUCAAAUCAUUCGUGCGGAACAAAGCUCACCCAAAGCUUCAAUUGCUAACGGGUACAUUGAAAUGGAAUGCAAGCCUUUAGGGAAGGCAAGUCUAACAGAAAUGACUACUAAGGAGAGACGAGAAGCUCAACUUUACGUCAUGUUUAAUUGUGAUGAAGCAAAACCUUUCUUGACUGAAUAUGAGCAUGCACCAAUUUCUCAAAGGAUUGACCUUUGCAAGUGGUUUGAAGAUAGAAUUACAAAUCUAUGGAAAGAAGGGGAUCCUAGAGUUACUGAAGAAUUGUUGUGUUUAGCACGAGGACCAAUGAAAGGUGUUGUCACUUUUGAUGGAUACGUCAUUAAUGGGUUUAGAUUUCACACCAAAAAGCGGCAAAGAAAUCGAAAAACACAAAAUAGUGGCAUAGUUGUGAAAGGGGACGAGGAAAGUGGGCAAAAGGAUUUCUAUGGGGUUUUAGAGAAGGUUAUUGUGCUAGAGUAUGAUGCUCUUAAGAACCGAACUAGUCCCAAUAUCGUUCUGUUUAAGUGUAAGUGGUUUAAUGUGUUCGACGAAGGAAAAGGGAUUAAAAAGGGUAAUUUAGGAGCAGUGCUUAUUAAUGUAACUCAGAGGUUAAAAACCAAUGAGUCAUUUGCAUUAGCCUCUCAAAUUGAGCAAGUCUUCUAUGUACCAUGUCAUAAUGAACCACAAUGGAGAUUUGUUAUUAAGGCAAAUCCAAGGAACUUCUUUGAUUUCCCUAAUGACGAAGAAACCGAAGAAAUUGAAUCAUUAUGGGAACAUGUGUCACAAUCUGUAACCAACUACGAAGAUGUUCAAGAUGAGGAUAUUCCAAUAGUGAGAAAUGAUGUUGAAUAUACCUUGGUUGAGGCUCAUGUCGAAGAAGAUUUGUUGAAUGAAGUGGAUAAUGAACAUGAGGAGGAUGAAGAUGAUGAAGAGAUCGAAAAAAGUGAGGAUGAUUUUUCGGACACGGAAGAUGAACCUAUCUUGCAUGAUUUUUACAAUUCUUUUGAAGAUGAGGGGUCUCAAAGUGAUAGUUCUACUAAUUCAUCUACUAGCAAUUGA